GGCUGUAUCUCUCUCUCUCUCUCUCUUUCUCUCUCCCCCGUCUCUGCUUGUUGGGAAUCAGCUGGAAGGUUCCGUUUUAUUUUGCAGAAGGCGGCACAAGUUGGUCGCUGAUUGCUGGCGGAAGCGGCCGAGGAUGAAGUUCAGAUAUUAACAGGCACAAUAAAGCUCGCUCGAUGCCAGGCUGUGUGAAACAACAUUGAGUGGAAGUUGUGCGUCGUGAAUCAUGCCCAGCCGAGUGAACGAGGGGAGUUCAGUAUGAGGGACAGGCCUUGCUCCUGGCUCAGGCAAGUCGUACAAAGAGCUUAAUGUUGCCAUGGCAGCCAGUAGAUUGUUCGAUACUUCUGAUGCUGUGGAACUCUUUGCUCCUCAGUGUCUAUACUUGAAGCCGAUUGCAAGGUUGACAAUCAGUGUGAUAUUUCCCAAGACUAAGUUAUCCUCAAGACUCAUUUCAAACUGGGAAGUGAUGGAGACCCUGAAGAAAAUGGCAUACCCAGAUCAGAUUACAUCGCUCAAAGUCUCACGCAGCACAAUGGACUUCAUUCGCUUUGAGGCAGAGGUUGAAAAUAAGAAUCAAGUUCAAACUGUCUGGGAAAAGUUUAACAACAAAACUAUUAAGGUGAACGGUAUUAAUGAGACAGCGAAAGUGCUGGCAGUUGUAACUCAAGUCAACUUUCCCAGCCCGUGUGACUGGGAGUCCUUUUUUAAGACUGCUGACUGCAUGAAUGAGGCCUUGCCUGGUGAGAGACCUGACACUAUCCAUAUGGAAGGGCUACCUUGCAAGUGGCUCUCUUCAAAGCAGCUCAAUAGGGAGAAGCCAAUGGAAGAGAUCCUUCAAAAGGUCUUUGGCAGAUUUGGAAAGAUCCGAAAUGUUGACAUUCCCAUGUUGGAUCCCUAUCGAGAGGAAAUGACGGGGAAGAAGUUCAACACUUCCAGCCUUGGUGGCCUCCCCACCUUCGAAGCAUACAUCCAAUACCAGGAUUAUUCAGGCUUUGUGAAGGCAAUGGAGUCCUUACGGGGAAUGAAGUUAAUGUACAAAGGGGAUGAUGGAAAGGCAGUGGCAUGUAACAUAAAGGUGACCUUUGACACAACCAAGCACCUUAGCGACUCAGCUAUUGAAAAGCGAAACCUGGAGAGGUUGAAGCUGCAAGAGUUGGAGAAGCAGCGUGAGGAACAAAAGCGGAGGGACAAGGAAGAGGAACAGGCCAAGGAGGCUGAACGGAAACGAAGGGAGGAAGAGCGGGAAAAGGAGAGGAUACGGAGAGAGAAGCUGAGGAGGAGGGAGCACAGGCAGAAAGAGCAGGAGGAUAGACACCGCCUGAGCAGACAAUCAAAGCUAAACCUGGAGAAUGAGAAAGAGCAGAAGGAGGUCACUGCAUGGGAGGAGAGAAAGCUGGUGCUCGCUCAGAGGAAGCUGGACUCUUACAGGCUUCUCACUGUGCUUUUAAACAGUGCAAAAUUGUUCUUGCAGAAGGAAGUGAGGUUUCAGAAGAGACAGCUUCCUGAGAAUGACACUGCAAAAUGUCGCCAGAAAAGGGUGAAACGUGAGCAUGCGGAGGAGAAUGAGCAGAAGAAACCAGGUGAAGAUGUUGCCGAGAAGGAAGGCUUUCAAAAGGUGGAGGCUUCAGAAUGGAUGAAGAUUAAGACGUGGCAAAGAAACGUGGCUGGGGAGAAGCACAAGUCACGUUCUGGAGAAAAAGCGACUUUGAGCUCACAAACCAACAACUUUCCAAUCACAACCUCACUGAUAGACCUGGGUCCCAUUGACUCCAAGGAACAGCAUUGCCCAGUCAAGGGAAAGGUCUCAACACCUCAGCAAUCUGGAUCACUACAAAUCACUGUAAUGCAAGGUUGUGGCACUCACUUUCAUAAGCAGCCUGCAGGAGGCAACGAUACCCAUCCGUGCAAUGGGCACUCACGUAAGGUCACUGCUGUAGACCAGCAGAUCCGCCGCCCCCUUUACCACUAUGAAGAUGUUGUUAGUUGUUUACUGGAUUAUCACCAGCUAGCGUGCCCUUCGAACCUCAAUCUCUGCUGUGGCACCAACAACCCCAUUAACCACUCCGAGUGGCGGAGAACAGUCUUCGAUGAUGGGAAAAGCUUCCGAAUAGACUUGAAGAACAAACUGAGCCAUCUUUGCACCAAGGUUAGCAUCACACCGCAAAACAGAUGGCGAGAUUAUGACCAUGACAGCAGCUACAGAUGGACUGUCACCAUCAGCAAGUCUGGCACCAAGCAGAAAGCCUUGAGCAGUGGUGCUGGCCAUCAGCUGAAGGAAUAUGACCGAGAGUUCAAGGUGCAGUGGAAGGAUUCAGGCAACCAGUUGGAUUUUCGGGAAGAUUUUAUUGGUGGUUGCCAAUUACACUUAAAAGAUACAGUUCAUUGCUCAGGGCAAAGAUGUGCUGUUUCUGUCUGUGACCUAAUGAGCCAAGAAGAGGAUUUAGUCUGUACCUCUGAGGACCUGUAUUCCAAGACCAAGGAUCUAUGGACUUCUUCCCAUUCAGGCUUCAAAGAACCAUGGAAAAAUCCAACUACCAAUUGGAAAAUUUCAAUUAAAAACUCUCAAAAUGAUUGGGUUGUACCAAGGUUGGAGGAUGAUCACCAGUCCAGGAAUUCAAGCAAAACUUACAACAAUCAACUGGUGUCUCACUGUGAGGUAACCAAGAUUGCACCAGGAUGUUCUAGCCAAGACAGCACAGAUGGGCUGAAUCAGUCAGAUAGUAUAGUAAAGCACAGUCACAAGAAUAAUUCUUAUGAAUUCAGUGCUGUGAACAGCUGGUCAAAUUGUAAGUCAGGAAUACACCAAGAAGCCUUGAAAUAUAAGCUUAAUAAAAAAUAUCGAACAUGCAGCAAUGAUGCAAAUCCAGCUCCCAACGGAUCCAGGAGUGAGCUAAAAUAUUCCUGGAUAGAAGAUGAAAGCAAGUUAGAAGAAGAACAUUAUGUUUCCAGCAAACCUUGUAGUGGACACCAAAGGAAAGGCUUCUGGAAAGGAUCUGGGAAACAUGUUAGUGAAGACGCGGACUUGGAGAGUCAGCUGUCUGGUUGUUCUGAAGUCUCCAGUGCUGAAACAACACACAAAAAUAAAGAAAGCCACACUGCAACCAAGCAUUGUAAACGUAAGCAUCAUCUCAUGGAUUCUAACAGAGAGAUAAAGAACCAUAGAGUCAUAGAGUCAUACGACAUGGAAACAAACCCUUUGGUCCAACUAGUCCACACCAACCAUGUUCCCUGAGUUAACUAGUGCCACUUGCUUGCACUUGGGCCAAGUCCCUCCAAAUUGUUCCUAUUCAUGAACUUAUCCAAAUGUAUUUCAAAUGUUGUGACUGUACCUGCAUCCACCACUUCCUCUGGCAGUUCAUUCCACAUACUAGCCACUCUGUGUAAAAAAAAUGCCUGUCAUGUUCCUUUUAAAAUCUUUAUCCUCUCACCUUAAAAUAAAAUGCUGUCAAGUUUUGAACUCCCCCCACCUGAGGGAAAAUACUUUUACUAUUCACCUCAUGUAAAUAUGCCUAUGUAUAUCACCUAUGCCCCUCAUGAUUUUAGAAAUCUCAGUAAAGUUACCCUUCAACCUCCCACGCUCCAGUGAAAAAGCUGCCCUGCCUAUUUUUAUAGCUCAAACCCUCCAUUCCCAGCAGCAUUUUUGUAAAUCUUUUCUGAACCCUCUCUAGUUUAAUAAUAUCCUUCCUAUAACAGGACAAUCAGAACUGUACACAGAACUCCAGAAGAGGUCUCAUCAAUGUUCUGUACAACCUCAACUCCUAUACUCAAAGGUCUGAGCAAUGAAGGAAUGCGUACUAAAUACCUUCUUAACCACCCUGUCUACCUACAACACAAAUUUCAAUGAAUUCAGUAAUUGAACCCCUAGGUCUCCCUGUUCUACAACACUACCCAGGGCCAUACCAUUAACUGUGUAAGUCCUGCCUGUUUGUUUUACUAAAAUGCGAUACCUCACAUUUCUCUGAAUUAAACUCCAUCUGCCACUCCUCAGCCCAUUGGGCCAAUUGAUCAAGAUCCCUUUGUAAUCUUAGAUAAUCUACUUCACUGUCCACUAUACCACCAAUUUUGGUGUCAUCCUCAAACUUACUAACCAUGCCUCCUCUAUUCUCAUCCAAAUCAUUUAUAUAAAUGACAAACUAAAGUGGACCCAAGACUGAUCUUUGAAAAACACCGCUGGUCACAGGCUUCCAGUCUGAAAAACAACCCUCCACCACAACCCUCUGUCUCAUUAGAUAAAUUCUUUGGCUGCAUCCCAAUACAGAGGAACCACAAUUAUCUAGCAUUCGAUUCUCUGACAAAAUACUCUUCACCAGCGUCAUUCGGAUAAUCAAGGUGCCUCUGUACAUGAAGAAUGAAUGUGUGGAUAAUUACUGCUUUUAAGAGAAGGUUUUGGUAUUCACCGUGGUUGCUCUGUAGAUUAUUCUUGGCCUUAGGAGAGAGAUUUGAGCCAACAUCAUUAUCUUUCCAAAAUGGAAGCAAUUGGGAAACAGAUAUACUUUCACAAACAAUUUGAUGCUGACCAUGGACUUUAUAACAAUAACAGCAAAAGAUGAAACAUGAAAACAAUUCAAACAAAUUUCAGCAUGACAUGUAAACAAAAAGAAUUAAAGUGAAUAAAAAUAAUUUAGAUGGUCUGAUACAAUGAUGCUUAUGCAUAAUCUUAUCCUCUUAU